CUGUUUAUAAAUACGGACCUGAAACAGGCCAAACCUUGGCUGAAUUAUUCGACUAUCGAGUGCAUUAAGAUUAAAGAAGAAAAUUGUUACGAUAAAAGUCAAAACAUCCGUCAAAUUGUCAAAAUAAACAAAAAAGGGCGUGGAGAUUAGUUUAACCAUGACGACCAUGAGGGAUGAUAGCAAAAAUAAUUAUCCAAAGGCUUCAAAUUUCUUGGUAAAUGGAGCACUUUUGACAUACAUAGGAGGGAUGUUUAUGAUGAUUGCAUUUUGCAGUCCGUAUUGGGUGAAGUCCUUUGACGAAACUUUCUCCCAAUUCAAGCACAUGGGUCUAUGGGAAUACUGCUUCGAUCAAUUCCGCUACCCUUAUUACCAAUUCGACCAUCUUUUCGACGGAUGUCACCACGUCUUCAGCGAAGAGUACUACGUGAUAAGAGAAUGGUUACUGCCACCGUGGUUGAUGACCGUACAAAGCUUUAUGACUAUCGCUUUCUUGUUGACCUUUUUCGCGCAAGUUGUGAUGGCCUUCCAAUUGGUCAGAUUCCCAUUGAAUUUCAUAUUGCAGAGAGAAUAUAUACUGUCGUUUAUGUGUUUUGUUUGUGUAACUACCACAGCUGUCUUGUUAUUUUUCUCUAUAACAAUUUUUGGAGCGUCUCAUGUGCGCAGAGAUUGGUUGAUGUAUCCAAAUUUCAACUAUCUUUCAUGGUCGUAUGGUAUGGCUUGUCUUUCAUUCUUUUUCCAUGGAUUUUCGGCGUUUUGUCUAUUCAAAGAGUUUCAAUUUAGUUAUGAUAGAAGGAGGGAAUCCAAAAAUCUUAUUAUGCAAAUGCAGCCUAAUCCUCAGCACAGAUUAGGUUGGGCCAUACAGUAAUUUCGUAAUAUCUACAAAGAUGACCUUCAAGUGUUGCUUAAUGAUUGGUUAAAGGUGCGAAAAUUUGAUAUUGGUAGAUGUUUUAAAGAUGGAAUAAAAUUUUUCGUUAUUAAAUUACUAAUAUAGUUAUGUAAUUGUUUAGAGAUAAAUUUGUAUCAUUAUGGAAUUGUUUUAAUGCAUAUAAAUCCAAUGUCAAAUUUUUGUAUCCUGUUUGAGCAUACUCAAUAAUAUAUAGGUAUUUUUAUUUGAAACAACUUUUUUUGUUUAAUGUAUAUUUCAAUUCUUUUUAGUUGGAAUCUUUAUUUUUUUUGAAUCUCUUUUAUUGUUUAUGGUAAUUAUAUCAUAUCAAAUUGUGAUCUACGAUCAAUCUCAUGUUUAAAUGUAGUAAUUUUUAUAAAUGAUGCUUUUUCUUCGAAAAAAUUGUAGAAAGUGUUUUUCUACAAUAAUUAGUUUUGUUAUCAAUUUAUAUAUUGUAUAUAUUUUUUUUGGGAGUGCAUGGAGCAAUGCAAAGUAAGUGCCUUGAUAUAUUUAUAUUUUCUUAUAAAUCAAGACAUAUAUUUUACUUUAAAAAAAGAAUAAUUAUUGUUUAAUAGUUGCAUGUAUAAGUAAAUGACAAAUUUUUAAAAUUUAAUAUGAUAUACUAUUUUUCUCCAGAAGAACAAUGACGCAAGUGAAAAUUAAUGAUUCCACAGAAUAGCAAAUUAAAAAAAAAAAAAAUAACAUGAAACUUACAACUAAGACGUUAAGGAAAAGUUUGGAAAUAAUCUAUAGGGACUUCGAGAUAGCAAAUUUAUUUUAGAUCUACUUUAUUUUACUCUUUUUGAAACAAUUGAAGAUUUAUAAGCCUUAAAAAUAAAACAUGCAGUUGCGUCAUUAUUCUUCCGGAAAAGCGAAAUGAAAUAGUGACUCUAAAUCCGACAUUCCACAUGUAAUAAGUUUGUGAUAUUUGUUGUUUUUGAAUAAGAAGGUUAUCCAUAUCUCAAAUGUGGUGUAUCCGUAAAGGAAAGGAAAAAUUCUAAGUCUUAACCACAAAAAUUAUUUAUUCUUUUAAAACAGGAAACGCUACUAGUUUCGGUCAAUGACCAUCAUCAGGCAUAGUAAAAGGACUGGAAAAAUAAACUAAAAAGGGAACAUCCAGCUAAGCAGAC